AUGUCGGACGGCAUCGCUCCAGCUAUAGACAAAGUCGGCGCGCCUGACCCCAAGGCUCCCGAGGCCGAGGCUGCUGCUCCCACCAUGGAUACCACAACAGCUCCUUCGGAGCCCGCCAAGUCGGAGGAUAGCAAGCCUGCUGGCCUGAAUGUCCCUGCGCCCAAGCCUGUCGAGGUAAUGUCGGUCCCAGAGACGCCCAUCAACAACCGGACUCCAGCGGGCGGCACACCGAGACCCGAGCUAAACAUUGAGGAGGAACCCAAGGAACCGGCCAAGAACGAGGACGAAGUCGCCUUCAUCACCACGGGUGUCGAGACGGGAUCCGCCCCAGCUGUCUCGGCCCCGAAGGACACCACUAUGACAGACAAGCCUGCCGAUGACAAGCCCACCGAGGCGGCGACUAACGGCGCCAGCAAGCCCAGUGCUGACGACGUCACUGAGGCGGCCGCGGGAGAGAAACGCAAACUGGGUGAAGCGGCGCCGGCAACUAACGGUGCAGCCCCCGCCGAGGCAGAGAAGGCCGAGCCGGAGGAGCGCGCCAAGAAAGCCCGGGUCGAGGACGUCGCGGACGAGCCUACGGCCACCGAAACCGCUACAAACGGCAAGGGCACCAAGGCCAAGAAGGAGAAGAAGACUCCUCCUGCUGUCGGCAAGACGGCUCGAAAGACGCGGAGUCAGGGUCCCGUCGAGGCUGAAUAA